GGUUAGUCCUAGUCUCUUCAGCGUUGAGAACGCUCCAAAACCGGGCUGGAGAGUGAAUUGACAUCUUCCAAGUACAAAGUAACCAAACAAGUCAUUCAGUGUAUCACCAGCCCCAAAAGAUGACAAUAUCCAAAGCAACCGAAGCGAUGGAGGUGGAGGUGUCAACCGAGCCCUCGACCACUGAGGAGGUCGUCGAGAAAAAGGACACGGACCUGCAGACCAUCCACGAUCUUCGCGAGCACACUCGCCAGAUCGAGAAAGCAGUGCUGAACAAAGAGCCCCGUUUUAUCCUCCGAGCCCUCCGAGCCCUACCCAACACGCGUCGCAAGUUGAAUCCAAUAGUCCUCCGCGGAGUGAUCGGUGGUUUUUACACAAAAUCAGCAGCUGAACGCGAAGCCCUGCUAGCCUGGGUCGAGGAGCCAAUGGAUACCGAAGGAACUCAAGCAGCGAUUCAACGCUUUAAGAGCUCAGCAUCGCCCCUUCUCCCCGAGAUAGACGCCUACAUUCACCUGCUUGUGCUGGUUCGUCUGAUAGACACGAAGAAGUACGGGGAGGCAGUCCAGUGCUCUGAGGCCCUGGCCCAGAAGAUAACAGCGACAAAUAGAAGGACAAUGGACCUGAUAGCAGCAAAAUGCUAUUUCUAUCACUCGAGAGCAUACGAAUUGGUGGGCCAGCUGAACAAGAUCAGAGGAUUUCUCCAUCUUCGUCUGAGGACAGCAACUCUGAGGAACGACUUUGAGGGACAGGCUGUCCUCAUCAACUGCCUCCUGAGGAACUAUCUUCACUACAAUCUCUACGACCAGGCCGACAAAUUGGUGCUGAAGUCGACGUUUCCAGAAUCAGCCAGCAACAAUGAGUGGGCGAGGUUCCUGUACUACUUGGGUCGGAUAAAGGCAGCAAGACUGGAGUAUUCAGCGGCCCACAAGCACCUGGUGCAAGCCAUGAGGAAGGCUCCGCAGACUACAGCUGUUGGCUUCAGACAGACUGUUCAGAAGCUGGCGGUGACUGUUGAACUUCUGCUGGGAGACAUCCCUGAGAGGCAGAUCUUCAGGCAGGCUGCUGUGAGAAGGGCCCUGGCUCCAUAUUUCCAACUGACUCAGGCCGUUCGUCUCGGUAAUCUACACAGAUUUGGGGAGGUCCUGGAGAACUUUGGACCCCAGUUCAGGGCUGAUCACACGUUUACUUUGAUCCUGAGAUUGAGGCACAACGUUAUCAAGACUGCUAUUAGAUCGAUUGGAUUGUCUUACUCGAGAAUUUCGCCUGCUGAUAUUGCCAGGAAGCUGGGCUUGGACUCGGGCGUUGAUGCAGAGUUCAUCGUUGCUAAGGCUAUCAGGGAUGGGGUCAUAGAGGCGACAUUGGACCCUGAGAAUGGGUACAUGAGGAGCAAGGAGACGACUGAUAUCUACUGCACUCGUGAGCCACUUCUGGCUUUUCAUCAGAGAAUCACUUUCUGCUUAGAUCUCCAUAAUCAGAGCGUCAAAGCUAUGAGGUAUCCUCCCAAGUCUUAUGGAAAGGACUUAGAGUCUGCUGAAGAACGCAGGGAGAGGGAACAGCAGGAUCUCGAGCUUGCUAAGGAAAUGGCUGAGGAGGAUGAUGAUGGUUUUCCUUGAAGAUUUCUUCAGUUUGUGGAAUUAUUACUUGAUUUUUCAUGAUUUUCUUUCCUAUCUGAUAACUAUUCAUUUCUGUAUCCAAUCCAAUUUAAUAGAUAACAAUAAAGGUAACAUAAAAUGAA